AUGGCAGUGUACGAUGGAGGAGGACAGAGGGAUGCAGGACCAGGGCUACCCAGCCUGAUUGAGGAUGAGGAGGAGUUGUCAUCUGAGGUCUACUUAAGUGUGCUAGUCCAUAAUGGAAAGUUGGGCCUCAGUUUCUACGACAGCAGAGACUACACCCUGCACUAUAUGCCAGACACUGUGGACAACAGUGACCUUCAGCUACUUGACAAAGUGGUGCAGGAGGUCUGUCCGAGUGUCCUUAUCACCAGUGCCAAGCAAGAGCGCAGCAUGGCUCAGUUCAUCAGGGUGGUCGGUGCAGGUGCAGAUUCAGACUACAAGCCAGAGAUUGUCUUUUAUCCCAGUGUUGACUUUGGACUGGAGGUGAGCAAGCAGAGGCUGCUCUCAGCCCACCUGCCCUCCCUCCCUCCCUCCCUCACAGAGAAGGAGAGACUUCCUUAUCUGUCCUCCUGCCUCCCUUUUGACUGCACCCUUAUGCUCCGGUCUAUAGGCGGUCUGCUGAAAUGUUUGGACAGGAGAAGGGUUGGGGUGGAGCUGGAGGACAGCAGUGUUGGAGUUCCUGUUUUUCAGUUCCAGAUCUACACAUUGAAAGAUGUGGUGCACGUUGACAGAGACACUUACAGUGUGCUCCAGAUAUUUAAAUCGGAGCCACAUCCAUCUGUGUACAAGCUGCAGUCUGGGGAGAAGGAGGGACUCAGUCUUUAUGGCAUAUUAAAUCGAUGCAAGUGCAAAUUUGGAUCCAAACUCCUUCGCCAGUGGUUCCUUCGGCCAACCAGAGACCUGGCUGUGCUGAGCAGGAGACAGGAAGUGGUGCGGUUCUUCACGUCUCCACGGAACUCGGACGCCCUCCGCACGCUGCAGGGCUGUCUGCGGAACAUCAGGAGCAUCCCGACCCUGCUGUACCGGAUGUCUCUCUCGCACACAAAAAUCAGUGACUGGCAGUGUCUCUAUAAGACAGUGUACAGUGCAGUGUGCAUCAGAGACACAAUGCGCUCUCUGCCUCAGUCGAUCCGGCUGUUUCAGGAGAUCAGCGAUGCUUUCUCAGACGAUCUGUUCUACAUCGCCUCUCUUAUUAGCAAAGUGGUGGACUUUGAAGGUAGUUUGGCUGAAAAUCGCUUCACCAUCAAACCCAAUGUAGACCCCGCCAUUGAUGAAAAAAAGAGAAGGAUGAUGGGAUUGUCAGACUUCCUGACUGAUGUGGCUCGCAAAGAGCUGGAGAAUCUGGACCCCCGGAUCCCUUCAUGCUGUGUCAUCUACAUCCCUCUGAUAGGGUUUUUGCUGUCAGUUCCACGAUUGCCUUGCAUGGUUCAGAAAGAAGACUUUGAGAUUGAGGGCCUUGAUUUCAUGUUCCUUUCAGAGGAGAGGCUGCACUACCGCAGCGAGAGGACCAAGGAGCUGGACGACAUGCUGGGAGACCUGCACUGUGACAUCAGAGACAUGGAGACGGCGGUGAUGACGCAGCUGCAGGCAGCAGUGCUGCAGCGCAGUGGGGCUCUGUACACGCUGCUGAGGCUCUCUGCGGAGCUGGACUGCCUCAUGGCCCUGGCGCAGGCCUCCCAGGACCACGGCUACUGCUCCCCCACGCUGUCCCCGCCCGGCCGGCUGGGCCUCACCCAGGCCAGGCACCCCCUGCUGGAGCUCUGCUCCCCUGUGUUCGUGGCCAAUCCGCUGCUGAGCUCUGAGGCGGAGGGGAAGGUGAAAGUCCUGACUGGGCCCAACUCCUCGGGAAAGAGCAUCUACCUUAAACAGGUGGGGCUGAUUGUUUUCAUGGCUCUAAUCGGCUCUGAUGUGCCAGCCAAGGAGGCAGAGAUAGGUUUGAUUGACAGCAUCUUUACACGCAUGCACAGUCGUGAGUCUGUGUCUGUGGGAAUGAGCACCUUCAUGAUCGAUUUAAACCAGAUGGCCUACGCUUUGAAUAACAGCACUGGAAACUCCCUGGUCCUCAUCGAUGAGUUUGGCAAAGGGACCAACACCGUAGACGGCCUGUCUCUCCUGGCCUCCUGUCUCAGGCACUGGGUGAGGAAGGCUCCAGCGCAGUGUCCUCACAUCCUGCUGGCCACCAACUUCCACAGCCUGCUGCAGCUGGGCCUGCUGCCUCCCUCUCCCCUGCUCUCUCUGCUGACCAUGGACACAGCAGUAGAUGGUGACGAGUUGAUCUUCCUGUACCAGUUGAGAGAAGGCGUGUGCCAGUCCAGCUUUGCUGCUAACAUCGCUACUUUGGCCGGCCUGCCCCAGGCUGUGGUACACAGAGGGGUAGAGGUUUCAGAGCUGUACAGAGCAGGCAAAGCCAUUAAACGCAUUGACCAGCCCACUACAGAGGAGCAUACAGGCAGGUGUUUGAAGGUGGUAGAGAAGUUCCUCAGCCUAGAACUGGAUGAUCCCUCUGCAGACCUGCAGCUCUAUAUGAAGAAGGAACUACUUCCCUCUGCUGGAGAGUUACUGUAGUGCUAUCACGGGACCCAACUGCAACC